AUGAUGAAAGAAGAAAUAUGCAUGUACUGCAAUGCAAGAAUCAAAAGAAAGAGACACGAUGAUCCUACUCGUCUGUUCGCUAACGCAGGAAAGAAUCAGAGGAUCAAACAACGGGCCAUGACCAUCGUUGGAAAAGGAUACCCCGGAUGGUGCAUUGCGAGGAAUUCGCUUGGACAACGUGGUCUCAUCCCAGAGAAUUAUACCAAGCCAGUAAUUGAUAUAAUGGAACACCAACACUCCGAGAUCGAGGAAAUGACCGAGGAAAUAGAGGCGCUCUAUCAUAGACUUCAUAAAGCGCAGGAGGAAAUAGGUACCCUACUGCGAGGUGGACCGACCGACUCCGACGUCACCAACGAUACCGAAACUGGACGGCUCAGGUUUUAUCAAGAAUUUUAA